AAAAGGUUCUUGGACUUUUGUUGGUAAUAAACAAGAAUUAGCAUUCCUUUGUAUCGUUUUGCUUCUCAGUUUUUACUUCUAAAUCCCAUCUCUCUCUAUCUGUUUCGUGACUAGACCACAUGCUCAUGCAGACAGAUCCAGACCCACCCACAUACUCAUCCCACAUGGAUGUAUGGGAUAUAGCCCAGAGGACAUCUGCCCCACCAUCUCGGUCUCCCUGUGGCGUCUUAAAAAAAUUUUUGUGUGCCAACUCUUUGUGCCUUCAUCAAAUUUGUUUAUACGUGUUCGUCAUAUGACAAACCUUCCAAUCACUUCUGGCUGUCUUUACAUUUGUUUUCUGAAGAAAUUCCAGAACCAUAUUCCAUAAUUACAUCUAUUCUUGGAUCUGGAGAGAUUCUCUUACAGUUUAUUUUUGGUAUUAGUUUCCUAGAGGCAACUAGAGGUAAUGUUGCUUAUGACUCUGGAUACAUUCUCUAUGUUUUUUUUAUUGUAUUGAGUGUGUUGGGUAUUGGGUCCCCUGCCUUUUCUUUUGGUUCUAUUGCAAACGAAUGGUCUGUCCUGUGAGAACCACCCAUUAAGGUAUCUUUCAGCCUUCAUGUACAAAUUAAAACUGAUUUUAGUUUCGUCAGUGUGUGUUCCUUUUCUUUUGUAGUUUUCCUUGAUUGUUGCUAAAGUCUGAGACUCUGGAGGAAUUCAUGGAAAUCCUAAAAUGGGCAUUCAUUUUUUAGGAGGAGAACUUUUGAGAUUUGGAUUUUGAUAGCUAAAGGACGGUUCUUGAUAUUAUGGGUAAUGGUGGAUGCCAAAUGCUUAUGUUUUGAGCUGGAAAUUAAACUGGAAUUUGGGAGGAUUUUCUUUUUCCCCUUCUGUUUUUGGAAAUGCAGUAUUGUCUUGGUUCAUAGAAUUGGUGAAAGUGGAAUUUCUCCUUUAAAUUUUAGCUGUUUUGUGAGGGGGGAAAAAAAAAGAAACAAACAGGAGAUUUUGGAGUUUGACUCAGAGUGAAGCAACUCUGUAAAGAAUCUGAAAUCACUAUUUCUUAAUUGGGUUACCAGAGAAUUGCUUAGACAUCUUAAAGGUUGUGUCACAUACACUGGGUCAAAUUUGAAAAGCCUUGGAUUCUGCUUAAUGAGAUAAAGCACGAUAUAUUGUAACUAGUCAAUUGGAUUGGUUGAGGAGAGGAGCAGGAGAUGGCAGCAAAACUUUUACAUUCAUUGGCGGAUGAUAAUCCAGAUUUGCAGAAGCAAAUAGGAUGCAUGACUGGGAUUUUUCAGCUUUUUGAUCGCCACCAUGUCAUCUCUGGUAGGCGUCGCAACCACAGGCUUCUUCCAGGUGAUUCCCACUUGAACAAUGGCAGCACUGAAAGGGAAUCUUUUAAUGUUUAUCAUUGGGCUACAGCUGCUGAAAUGAAUUUGAACAAGAAUUUGAAAGAGAAACAAAGGAUUUCCACAGAAUCAUCCAGACCAUCUUUCUCAUCCUCUUGUUCAUCCUCAUCUUCUCUGGACUGUAGCAAAACAGCCCAACCAGAAGCCUCUUCCUUUGACAGACUUAUUUUCCCUGAAACUCCUUCAAGGGAUUCUGUUCUAACUCAGCCAACUACCUCUUCACAUUUAGGGCGGCAGCCCCUUGAUCUUCGAGGUUUUGUCAAGGACUCGAUGUAUAGGGAAGCUAAAGGGCCAUCGGUCAAAACUUCAACUAAAGAGGAAGUAGUGGCCCCUGCAGUGAAGCAUAAAGACUCCCCAAGGCCAGUACAGCCCUCCAAAUCUGUAGAUGGAUCUUAUGGAAUUGGGAAAAAAAAUUAUCCUGUUGAUCUUAAGGAAUCCCUCAGAGUUCUUGGUAAACUUCGAGAAGCACCUAGGUAUUACAACGAAACUAGAGAAAGGCCAAGAUCUUUACAUGAACCGAAAGAUGGGUCGUCAUAUACAAUUUCAAAAGAUGCUCCUCGGUUUUCUUACGAUGGGAGGGAGAUGAAUCGUUUGUCUUUUGAGUCACGGGAUACCAUCAAGUCCAACCUAAAGCUAAAAGAGCUGCCUAGACUUUCCCUGGACAGCAGAGAAAUUUCAAUGCGAGGUCCCAACUUUGAUUCAAAAUCAAGUUUCAUUUCAAAAGAUUUACAAAGUGCUGUAAAUUCAAAUGAAAAGAACUAUAAUUUACAGCAUUCAUUGGGAACCCAGAAGCGACCUUCUAAUGUGGUAGCUAAGUUGAUGGGAUUGGAAGCAAUGCCAGACUCUGCAUCCACUAGUUCUAGUCAGUCAGAUUUAAUCAAGAGCAUUCCUGUUGACCAUAGUGAUUCCUUCUCAACAUCAUUGAAAGUGAAUGAUCUAAACAGACCAAUUUGGAUUCCAAAGUCCCCGAGAAACAUAUCAAAAGAGCCUAUGUCACCAAGAUGGAAAAAUCCUGAUUUGAUAGUGAAGCCCAUUUCAAGGUUGCCAAUUGAACCAGCACCAUGGAAGCAACUGGAAGGAAGUCGAGCCUCUCAGAAACCUGCAAAAAUUUCAGCUAAGACACCAAAUUCCUUUCCAACAGUUUACAGUGAGAUUGAGAAGAGAUUGAAAGAUCUUGAAUUCAAUCAAUCUGGAAAGGAUCUCAGAGCUCUUAAGCAGAUUCUGGAAGCAAUGCAGGCCAAGUGGCUAUUGGAGACCAGAAAAGAAGAACAAGGAACAAACUUUGGUACCCAAAGGGAAUAUGAGCCCAACUGUACUAGUCCUAGUCAAAAGCCGAGAUCUUUAAGCCAACGCAACCAAAAGAGCAAUCGUGUUAGUGAUUCAACAAGUAGGGGUUCUGAUUCUUUCAGGACUUGUGAAUCGCCCAUUGUGAUCAUGAAACCAGCUAAACUGGUUGAAAAAUCUGGCAUUCCUGCUUCCUCAGUAAUUCCUAUAGAUAGUUUUCCUGGUCUUCAUAAAAUUCCAAGCAGUGGACAUGCAGGUGGUCAAAAUAGAUCAGCUAAUAACCGAACAGCUAAAAAUCAAUCUCCUGGAAUCACUCACCGGGACCAUACUUUCAACUCCAGUGAUAAGAAAGCCAGUGUGAGGCAUAUAUCAACUCAAUCUUUAACAAGACCUCAACAAUUGCCAAAAGAAAACACCACAAGUUCAGUAAAAAGCUCAGGUUCUGUAAGCCCAAGAUUGCAACAGAAAAAGCUGGAGUUAGAGAAGCGUUCUCGUCCACCAACCCCUCCAUCUGAUUCAAACAGGCCUAGAAGGCUCUCCAACAGGAUGUCAACUGAAUCAGGUUCACCUGGUGGGAAAAACAGACUGAAAGCUCACAAAUUACCACAGAGUGAUGACCAAAUGAGUCAGAUAAGUAAUGAAUCGAGUCAACAAGGGGAUGACAUAUCCCUGCAGUCUGACAGCACUGUUAUCUUUUACUCAAAGACAGAUGUGGAAGUCACGAGCUCUGAACAAGCUACUGAGAUCAAUGGCAGCCAGAGUCCAUCCAUGAAGACUGGCAAUCACUUGCUUUCUGGCGCCAAGCAGAAAAAACCAACUUCAAGUUUGGAAGAAGGUGGAACAUUGACAGAACUUGCUGUUGAUACCCCAGAGCAUCCUAGUCCCAUCUCUGUUCUUGAUGCAUCAUUGUAUAGAGAUGACACACUGUCUCCAGUAAAGCAGACAACAAAUUUGUCUAAAGCAGGUGAUGGCGCUGAAGAUUCUAAGGACCAACAUAGUGAGAAUCAGUGGAACGUAGAAAAUAACUUGUUAUCUAACAGUGUGGGGCCUGGUCUUACGUCAGAGAUUAGUCGAAAGAAAUUACAAAACAUAGAGAAUUUGGUACAGAAACUUAGACGAGUAAACUCCACUCAUGAUGAAGCCAGCACAGAUUACAUUGCAUCACUUUGUGAAAACACAAAUCCAGACCACAGAUAUAUCUCUGAGAUCUUGUUAGCUUCAGGUCUUCUACUCAGAGAUCUUGGCUCUGAAAUGACCGCAUUUCAGCUCCACUCAGCAGGUCACCCUAUUAACCCUGAGUUAUUCUUUGUAUUGGAACAAACCAAGGCCAGCACUUUGCUUUCGAAAGAAGAAUGCAGCCCUGGAAAGAGCUCCCAUUCAAAGCCAAACCCUGAAAGGUUUCACCGGAAGCUCAUAUUUGAUGCUGUUAAUGAAAUGAUUGUUAAGAAGUUAGCAUUAGUGGUGCCCUCUCCUGAGCCAUGGUUGAAAUCUGAUAAACUGGCAAAGAAAACCCUCUGUGCUCAAAAGCUUCUAAAAGAGUUGUGUUCAGAGAUUGAACAACUUCGAACCAAGAAAUUAGAAUGCUGCUUAGGGGAAGAGGAGGAUGGUCUGAAAGGCAUUUUGUGGGAUGAUGUGGUACAUCGGUCUGAUAGUUGGACAGAUUUUCAUGGUGAAGUUUCUGGUGUCGUGUUAGAUAUUGAGAGGUCAAUCUUUAAGGAUUUAGUUGAUGAAAUUGUGAUCGGCGAGGCAGCUGGUUUUCGCACCAAACGAGGUAGGCGUAGGAAGCUGUUUGCAAAGUAGCUAGCUGUCUGCAAAAUAUCAUCUUCUAGUUCUUCAUUUUACCUUUUGUCUUUCUUUCUUAUUAUAUUUUUUAUAUUAAAGCACAAUAGUUCGUGAGUAAGAACUGGUUGGAUUGUAAAAAAUUAAUUUUCUCAGAUUUUGACAUUAUACAUAUUCAUAAGAAUGAAUAUAUCAUAUAUGCCAAACUUUUUCCUCAGCA